GAUAUUGAAGUUCCACAGAAUAAUAUUAAAGAUGUUGAAUGUGUCAUAUUUUCAUUUGCGCCAGUUUGGAUUAAAACAUUGUUUAAAAUUUUAUAAUUCCCAUUCAAGAAGAAAUAUAACAUGUACUGUUACAAAGUAUGAUAGAGCUGCAACAAAAGCUAGUAUCAAUGAAUUAAAAGACGGACAAAUUAUUCAUGGUUUCAUAGUAGAUGAAAUUGCAAAAAUAGAUGAAGUAUAUCUAACUGCAGUGAAAUUAACCCAUUUGGGUACUGGAGCGCAAUAUUUGCAUUUAACCAGAGAUGACAGUAACAAUGUAUUUUCAGUUGGAUUUCGUACGACUCCAAAGGAUUCCACAGGUUUACCUCAUAUUUUAGAACAUACUACUCUAUGUGGUAGUGAGAGAUAUCCAUGUAGAGACCCAUUUUUCAAAAUGUUAAGAAGAUCAUUAGCUACAUUUAUGAAUGCCAUGACAGGGCCUGAUUAUACCAUAUACCCAUUUUCUACUCAAAAUUUAAAAGAUUAUCGAAAUUUACAAUCAGUAUAUUUGGAUUCUGUAUUUAAGCCAAAUUUAAGAGAACUUGAUUUUAAACAGGAAGGAUGGAGAUUAGAACAUGCAGAUGUUAAUGAUAAGAAUUCACCUAUCAUUUUUAAAGGAGUAGUUUUUAAUGAAAUGAAAGGUGUUUUCAAUGAAAAUCAAACAAUAUUAGCUGAGAAGUUAUUAAAUCUUAUUUUACCCAGUCAUACGUAUGCAGUAAUUUCUGGUGGAGAUCCUCUUGUUAUUCCUACAUUAAGAUAUAUUGACCUGCUUAAUUUUCAUCAAACUUAUUAUCAUCCUUCUAAUUCUCGAUUCUACUCCUAUGGUAACUUCCCUUUAGAAGAUCAUUUAAAAUUUAUUAAUGAUCGAUAUCUAUUUUUAAUGGAUAAAAUAGAUACAUCCAUGUCAAAAGUUCCUUCGGAAAAACGUUGGAAUAGUCCAAAAAAGGAACACAUUACAUGCAGGCCAGAUCCAAUGGCUCCAGAUCCUAAUCGACAAGGUAGCAUAGCUAUUGGUUAUUUGUGCAAUGAUAUUACUGAUAUACAAAAGACUUUUGAAAUAAACAUUUUAUCUCAACUACUGUUGAAAGGGCCAAAUUCACCAUUUUUUAAAGCGUUAGUAGAAUCAAAACUAGGAACUGCUUUUGGUCCAAUGACAGGUUUUGAUUCCCAAUGUAAAGAUACCAUGUUCGUUGUGAGUUUGCUUGGUGUUAAACCAGGAGAUUUUGAAAAAAUAGACAAGAUCUUUAAUGAAACUAUAGAAAAAGUUGUUGAAGAAGGUUUUAUAGAAGAUCGUAUUGAGGCUGUUUUACACACUAUUGAACUUCAGAUGAAACAUCAAACUCCCAAUUUUGGGUUGCAAUUACUUUUUAGUUUAACACCAUUAUGGAAUCACAAUGGUAAUAUUAUACAAUCAAUGAGAAUUAAUGCAGCGAUUACGAAAUUUAGAGAAGAAACAAAGAAUAAUCCUAAAUAUCUUCAACAAUUAGUAAAAACAUAUCUAAUGGAUAAUAAUCAUAAAUUAACGUUAACAAUGUUGCCAUAUGAAAAGUAUGAUCAUGAAAAAGCAGCUGCUGAACAUGAAUUAUUAGAAUCUAAAUUAAAACAACUCUCCAAAGAAGAAUUAGACCAAAUUUAUAUAGAUGGAAAAAUUCUUCUUGAAGAACAACAGAAAGAAGAGGAUGUAAAUGUUCUUCCUACUUUAAAGAUAGAAGAUAUAAAAGAAGAUGUAGAACGAUAUAAAUUAGAAGAUAUGAAAGUAAUUGAUGUUCCCUUACAAGUAGCUAAUGAACCAACAAAUGGUGUUUGUUAUUAUCGAGGAAUUCUUGGUACAAGAGAUUUAGCACAAGAAUUAAAACCAUUGAUACCACUUUUCAAUAAUAUUAUUUCAAAAAUGGGUACAAAAAAUUAUGAUUAUAGAAAUUUUGAUCAAAUGAUACAAUUAAAGACUGGAGGUUUAAAUUUUAUGAAACAUGUUGUGGAACAUAAAAAUAGUUUAUUGCAAUAUGAAGAAGGAAUAUUAAUAGAAUCAUAUUGUUUGGAUCGUAAUGUAAAUGAUAUGUGGAAACUAUGGUUAGAAUUGUUUAAUAAUGUUCAAUUAGCAGAUAUUGAAAGAUUUACGACACUUGUUAAAAUUAAUGCUGCAGAUUUGAUCAAUGGUAUUGCAGAUUUAGGACAUACCUAUGCAAUGAGUAGUGCAGCUAGUUUGGUUUCUCCAGUCACUAAGUUUAAGGAAAUUAUAUCAGGAUUGCAAUAUGUCUCAAACAUGAAAAAAAUAGCACAAAUGCCAGAUUUAACACCUGUUUUAAGUCAAAUGCAAGAAAUAUCCAAUUAUAUUUUGAAUAAACAACAUUUGAGAUCAGCAAUAAAUUUGUGUACAGAUAACAAAGAAAUAAUACUAGAAAGUAUUAGUGAGUUUUAUAGUUCAUUGAAAGGCACACCUAAAAAUGCAUAUAUUUUCACACAUGAUGAAAAUACUGAAAUGAAAGAUAGUGCUAUUCAUUAUGUAUUACCAUAUACUGUAAAUUAUACAGCUAAAGCAAUUUUUACUGUACCAUACACAAAUCCCGAUUUUGCACCUUUACGAAUACUUUCUAAAUUAAUCACAUCACUUUACUUACAUCCAGAAAUUCGAGAAAAGGGUGGAGCUUACGGGGGUGGUGCAACAUUAUCAUCAGAUGGAAUUUUUGCAUUUUACUCUUACAGAGAUCCUAAUUCUACUCGUACUUUAGAUUUAUUUGACAAAGCUUAUGAGUUUUUAUUAAAACAUCCAUUAUCUCAAAGUAAUAUUGAUGAAGCAAAAUUAGGAGUGUUUCAACAUUUUGAUGCUCCAAUUUCGCCAAGUAAUCGUGGAAUGAUUAAGUUUAGAUACAAUGUAACAGAUGAUGAUAUUCAAGAACAAAGACAAAGAUUGAAAGCUGUAACUAAAGAUCAACUUAUGUAUGUUGCUACUAAAUAUUUACAACCUGCUCAAAAGCACAUUAAAGUAGGACGUGCAUUGAUUGGACCAGUUAAUAACGAUUUAUUAAAUAGGCAUUCAGAAAAUUGGAGGGUUCAAAAUCAAGAAGAAGAAAUUCGAGCAAGAGCAGCUGAAUGAAUAUUUUGUUGAAAUAGACAUUAUUUAUUAAUUAAUAUUAUUAUAAUUUUUUAUUAAAAGAAUAUUAUGCAUUCAUAAUACAUACAUAUAUAAAAUAAUUUACUCAAUUUUCAUUAAAUGUAUUGUAAUUUAUUGUAAAAUGUUCACAUAAUAAAUGUUA